AUGAAGAGGGCUGCGCCAUCAAGCUCACCCCGCUCCGCCAAGCUGGCUGGUGAACCCUUUCCAACUGCUCGCUUCUCCAACUUGGCUGCUGUCGGAAGCUCCUCUGCACCUCGUCAAACCCCUCCUCGACUGCACCAACUCUCUACGAAAACGGAAAAUGCCCAAGCGAGCUCACUGGGCGAAGCGGGCUCUUCCAGCCCUCGUUCCAGCAUGAAGGCUCGUUCGCGGCCAAGUCAGGACGGCUCGAACGGCGUAGCUUCAUCUGGCGCUGGCCAGCCCAACAUGUCUCAUUAUCGCAAGGGCAUGUACAUCUCAUACGUCACCAACAGCUUCUCUGAACUCUCAAAGGGCAACGCGGGACCUUAUCAAGAUCUCAUAGGCCAAUUCAAAGCCGGCGCAAAUAGUCUGGCGAAUCCCGGCAGCAACAUCAGCAAAUCGGCGACCUCCAUAUCUGCCCUAUCAAGUUGGCUCUCAGCAGUUUCAGCUUUUGCGAGCCAUCUGGAUCGCAGGACGCACAACGACUUGGUGGAAUCCAUCCUUGCUCUGCCUUGGACAACCACACCCUCAGAAGCUUUUGCUGCGUCGUGGAUAAGGUUCGUCUGUGCUCUCGUCAGCGCAAGGAGCGAAUGGACUAAAGCGGUUCUCAAGAAGGCGAUGCAGGGGUUCGGUCUCAGUGAGUCUGCCUGCUGGGCGCUGCGAUGCAAUAUUUCUGAUCGUGACAGCCUUGUGAUGCGCCUUCUCAGGGUCAGAAUGGCGGCCUCCAACAAACCCUGCGCAGCCACUGCCGCCUCGCAAGCACACCUACUACCACAUUCACCUCUUGCUCCGAUCUUUGCUCUCCUUAAUACCAACCUUGCCAUCGCAAUUGGCACCUUUAUUGGUCAGGAGCUUUCCACACAAGCGAGAAGGCAAGGUCGCGCACCUCGUCUUUGUGUCGAACGCUCUCAAGCUGUGCGAAUAUGCGCCCGAGCUGGCAGAGACUGUCUUGAGUUGCGUAGUCGAUAGGGGCAUGCAGAUUGAUGUGAGUCGCCAGGGAGGCUUCUAGCUGCUGGGUCCUUUGCGCAUAGCGUGGAUCGAGGCGGCGCAUGCCCUUCUCUGACGCCACUUUCCGCUCUUCAUGCAUGUUGCAGGUCGAAAUUCAGCUGGAGCUAGACGAUCUGGAUGACGACGUCGACCCGAACGAAGCCUUCACUGCUCCCAAUGCUUACGACGAUGACCCUUUCAGGUCCGUGAUGGAAGGCACGGCCACUGAUGACGACGACGACUCUGACGAUGAGGACGGUUUGCUUUUGGAAGACGACGGAUUCUCCGAUCUGUCCGGCAGUGAUGGGGAGGAUUCGAGGCUGGAUGACACAGCGGCGCAGGCAAAACGUUUAAAAACAGUCCGGGAGCUGGUCGACAAGCUGGACGCAGUGAUGGGUUGUGUCUUUAGGCAUUUGGAGAAUCGAAAUUCGCACUAUGAAGACCUAGCCAGAGGCGGUGAUGGGAGCUGCUCACGUAUGCAACAGGAUGAUCACAAAAGCGCUGCGGACGAUUUAGCAGGGAUAUCGGCGGAUCUAGGCUUGGAUCUCACCAGUCAUGCCCCAUCUCCCGCGAGAGCCGCCGCUCUGCGUUCGAACCAAUUUCACUUGCUGCUGAGCGUAUUUCAAAGGGCCGUCCUACCAACUUUCAAGUCGCGCUACGUCCAAUUCUUCGUCUUCUGGGCAGCAUCACUGGACGCCGACUUCGCAGACCUGCUUCUCGGAUUCUUGCUGGGCAAAGCCAUCUACGGAGUUGGGGCGGAGCAGCAACUUCUCUCGAAUGGUAGCAUGCAACCCAUGACCGGAUCCGAGCCAACCAUCAUGAGGGUAGCUGCCUCUAGCUACGUUGCUAGUCUCGUCAGCCGAGCGAGAUACAUUUCCAUAAGCGACACUCGAGCAGUCAUGCUCAAUCUCUGCUCUUUUCUGGAGGGUCAUCUCGAGCGAACUGGACGAGUACAAAUGCAAGAAUCGUCAGAGGUUCCUUCUGACGCAAGGAAGCAGCUCGAAGCGGAGCUUUCGGGAGGGAUCAAUGGACAGCACGCGCUAUUCUACUCUGUCGCUCAAGCAGCUUUUUACAUCUUCUGUUUUAGGUGGAGAGACCUUCGAGUGUCUAGCGCAUUGGAAGAUGAAGAGAAUGCGGGAGGACUGGACCUGUCGACAAUUGGCAACGCGAGCUGGCGAUGGUCGGAGGGCUUGCACAUUCUACAAAGAGCCAUCACCUCGCCUCUCAAUCCUUUGGCACAUUGCUCGCCAGAGAUCGUCAGGCAAUUCGCAGCAGUCGCUCAGCACACCGGUCUAUUGUUCUGUUGGAGCAUCAUCGAGAGCAACAACAGGCGGCGAGGCAAGCGCAGAGCUCCAGGGAUGGAGCUGCGAGAUGCAGGAAGCGGGAGCGGUACGCCUAUGAAUCAGUCCGCUCCUGGAACCCCGACUGGCAGCAGACCGGACCAGCUCUCUCGUCAAGCUUCCGGCGCAGACGUCGCGCAAGACGACAGUGACGGCGGUGGGACUGCUAGGCAAGGCAUGGGAGGCUAUGCUCCACAAACGCUCGACGUAUUCUUCCCAUUCGAUCCUUACCGGCUCAAGCACAGCUCCAGAUGGAUAGAUCCGCUGUACAGAGAAUGGUCUGAUGUUGCACCGGAGGGAAUGGAACCGGAUCAGGAAGAGGGCGAGGCUGAGAGCGGUACGGAAGCUGAGAACGAGGCAGACGAAGAUCAAUCGUCGCUAGCUCAAAGUCUGGAUCCUGAGCAAGGAGCCUUGCCCGCUUCCUUUACCACCUCCAGGAGCGCUGACACGACCCACUCGCAGUCCUCGGCCUCGGACUCGCCAUCUGCGGAAGAGGGCGACACGGGCAACGAAUCCCCCGCGCAGCUGCUCAAUACUCCUCAAGAUUUCUUGGGACCUUCUGCAACAUUAGACAUUCCUCGGCAAGGCAAGGCGCAAGGCGCAACAGAAGAUAGCGAGGGCUUCAGUCGAUCUUUGGAGGUCAUGAGCAUCAGCCGAUGA